AUGGCAGACUUUUCUAAAGCUUUUGAUACAGUUGUGUAUGACACAUUUCUGUGCAAAUUGCGUAAGCUAGGGUUUUCCAAGUCCUCUCUACAUUAGAUUGUGAGUUAUUUGACUGAUCGAAAGCAGUACGUCCAAACCGAUGAUCGCUCGUCGGAACGCUUAAAUGUGUCUUUUGGGGUACCAGUAGGGAUUCAUGCUGCGUCGCCUCUUAUUCAACCUUUAUGUCAACGACUUGACUGACGUACUCCCAACCGAAGUAAAUUGCCAUCAAUAUGCGAACGAUAUUACGAUUUAUAGUCACUGUAAACCAUCUGAGCUUCUGAAGGUUGUCGGGCAGAGAAGCAGGCUGUCUACCUGGUCGUCCCGAUGUAACUUGGCGCUCCAUCCUAAGAAGACUAAAGUAAUGCUUCUUUCAACUCCCCAGAUGUCACAAACUCAUGGACUAGACGGACACUGCAUCCAUCUCUGCGCAAAUGGAAAGAGUCUCCAGCGAGUUUUAACUUUCCACCUACUU